CGACUACACAUUGAGUGGAUAAGACGUGUGGCGUUCGCGUUUUGUGUAAAAUAUUCUAUAGUUUUCGAAUUUUUGAAAGACGUGUGUGAUAACUAUUAACAAAUUACAAACACACAUGUGAACAUUCAACCAAACGACAUCAUCAACAAUUCGGAACAACAACGGACUGACUGCCUACUACUACAGAUCAUUUAGUUCUCAGUGAACAAAAUAGAAAGAAUACAUUAAUAACAAUAACAACUAUAAAAACAACAACAAAAGUGAAAGAAUUUACUAUUCAAAAUCAGGUUUUUUAACUUGGACGUGUGCGCCACCAAAACCAAAGCCGAAAAAAAACAUUGAUAUCAAUAAAAUGACCAUUGAAGAUAGUGUGAAUUCAAUGGAGAAGGCGAACGUCUCUUCGACAUUGGUCUUUUUUGUCAAUGGAAAGAAGGUUGUAGAUCCAAAUCCCGAUCCAGAAUGUACCCUCUUGACAUAUUUGCGCGAUAAACUGCGUCUGUGUGGCACAAAACUCGGUUGCGGCGAAGGAGGCUGUGGUGCAUGCACAGUGAUGAUCAGCCGGGUAGACCGCUCCACAAAUACCAUCAAACAUUUGGCCGUAAAUGCUUGCCUAACACCUGUCUGCGCUAUGCACGGACAUGCUGUGACCACUGUGGAAGGUAUUGGCAGCACUCGCACUCGUCUCCAUCCUGUGCAGGAACGUCUGGCUAAAGCUCAUGGCAGUCAGUGUGGUUUCUGUACACCGGGUAUUGUAAUGUCCAUGUACACAUUGUUGAGGAAUUCAACACAACCAUCGAUGAAAGAUUUGGAGGUGGCUUUCCAAGGCAACUUGUGUCGCUGCACUGGAUAUCGUCCGAUUUUGGAGGGUUAUAAGACAUUUACCAAGGAGUUUGCCUGUGCAAUGGGCGAUAAGUGUUGUAAAGUCAAUGGCAACUCAUGUAAUGGUAAAGAGAAUGGUGUUUCCCUCGUCGAUGAUAAGUUAUUUGAUAAAAGCGAAUUUGUACCUUUGGAUCCCAGCCAAGAACCCAUAUUUCCGCCUGAGCUACAGUUGAACACCCAGUGGGAUUCUGAGACAUUGGUAUUCAAAGGUGAACGUGUAACUUGGUACAGACCUUCGACUUUGGAGGAACUUUUGAAAUUAAAAUCUCAAUAUCCUCAGGCAAAACUAGUGGUGGGCAACACUGAGGUUGGUGUUGAAGUCAAGUUCAAACAUUUCCUCUAUCCAGUCUUAAUACAACCCACAAAAGUAACCGAACUUGUGGAUGUCCAAGAAACAGUUGAAAAUGUUUACUUCGGUGCCUCUGUGAGUUUGGUCGAUAUUGAAAAACAUCUAAGAGAACUCAUGGAAAGGUUACCUGAAAGUUCAGUACGCUUCUUCCAGUGUGCUGUGGAUAUGUUGCACUACUUUGCUGGCAAACAAAUACGGAGCGUAGCAUCUUUGGGCGGCAACAUUAUGACCGGUAGUCCAAUUUCCGAUAUGAACCCCGUCUUGAUGGCCGGGCUCGUCAAGUUAAAGGUUGCCAAAUACGAAGGGGGUAAGGUACAGUAUCGUGACGUUAUUAUGAAUUCCAAAUUCUUCACGGGCUAUAGAAAGAAUGUCCUCGAGCCUCAGGAAGUCCUUGUGGGCAUCUAUUUCCCCAAGACUUUACCCAAUCAAUAUGUGGUUGCAUUUAAACAAGCCAAACGCCGUGACGAUGAUAUUGCAAUUGUCAAUGCCGCUGUUAAUGUCACUUUCGAAGGGAAGUCGGAUCGUGUGCAGGAGGUAUCUAUGGCAUUCGGUGGUAUGGCUCCCACUACGGUUAUGGCGGUGCGCUCGUGUGAAAUGAUGGUGAAACAACAAUGGAACCGUGUACUAUUGGAACGUGUGGUGGAAAAUCUUUGUGCCGAGUUACCAUUGGCUCCCUCGGCUCCUGGUGGUAUGAUUGCCUAUCGCCGAUCGCUGGUGGUCAGCCUGUUCUUUAAAGCUUACUUGAAAAUAUCCCAGCAAAUGAUGAAGGAUGGCAUUUUGCCCAGCGACUUUUUGUCCGAAGAUGAGAUGAGUGGGGGUGAUGUUUUCCAUACUCCAAUUUUGAAGAGUUCUCAACUAUUUGAAAAAGUCUCUUCCACACAAAGUCAAUGCGAUCCUGUGGGCAGGCCAAAGGUACAUGCCUCAGCUUUCAAGCAAGUUACCGGUGAGGCAGUGUAUUGCGAUGAUGUUCCACGCACUGAGAACGAAUUGUAUUUGGCGUUGGUGCUGAGCACUAAGGCCCAUGCCAAAAUUCUGAAUAUUGACGCUUCCGAAGCUUUGGCCAUGCCCGGUGUCCAUGCGUUCUUUUCAAGCAAAGAUAUAACCGAUCAUGAAAAUGAGGUGGGUGCAGUAUUCCAUGAUGAGGUUGUGUUUGCCAAAGACGUAGUGCAUUGUCAGGGUCAGGUGGUAGGUGCUGUGGUCGCGGAUAACCAAGCCUUAGCUCAGAGAGCUGCUCGUAAAGUCAAAGUGGACUAUGAAGAUAUUUCCCCUGCCAUUAUCACUAUUGAACAGGCCAUUGAACACAAAUCGUACUACGACGGCUAUCCAUGGUAUGCCAAGACGGGAGACAUCGAAAAAGGAUUCCAGGAGGCUGAACACAUCUAUGAAGGCUCCUGUCGCAUGGGAGGUCAGGAACAUUUCUAUUUGGAAACCCAUGCCUCAUAUGCUAUACCAAAGGACUCAGAUGAAAUCGAACUACUCUCAUCCACUCAACAUCCCUCAGAAGUACAGAAGCUGGUAGCCCAUGUGCUCUCGUUGCCAGCCCACAAGGUUGUAUGUAAAGCCAAGCGUCUGGGUGGUGGAUUUGGUGGCAAAGAGUCCCGCUCAAUUGCCGUAGCCUUGCCGGUGGCAUUGGCAUGCUAUCGCCUUAGAAGACCUGUACGCUGCAUGUUGGAUCGUGAUGAGGAUAUGAUGAUUACCGGCACCAGACAUCCGUUCCUAUUCAAAUAUAAAAUUGGUUUUACCUCCGAGGGUCGUUUGACAGCAUUGUCCAUAGAGUGUUACACCAAUGCCGGUUGGUCCAUGGAUCUCUCAUUCUCCGUUAUGGAACGGGCAGUCUACCAUAUUGAGAAUUGUUAUAAGAUACCUAACAUUCUGGCGGCCGGUUAUGUCUGCAAAACGAAUUUACCCUCCAAUACCGCUUUCCGUGGAUUUGGUGGGCCUCAAGGCAUGUUUGCUGCCGAACACAUCAUACGCGAUGUUGCCCGUAUUCUAAACAAAGAUGUGCUCGAUGUUAUGCGCAUCAAUUUCUAUAAACCAGGCGAUCGGACUCAUUACAAUCAAUUGCUGGAAGAUUUCCCCGUACUAAGAUGUUUCGAUGAUUGUCUGAAGCAAUCGAAUUAUGUCCAAAAGAAACGAGAAAUUGAAGAAUUCAAUCGGAAAAAUCGCUAUCGCAAGCGUGGCAUUGCUGUGGUGCCCACCAAAUAUGGCGUAGCGUUCGGCGUUAAAUUCCUAAAUCAAGCUGGAGCUUUGAUAAACAUCUACACUGACGGUUCGGUGCUUCUGUCCCACGGUGGCGUAGAAAUUGGCCAAGGCAUACACACCAAAAUGAUACAAUGUUGUGCCAGAGCUUUGCAUAUUCCCUAUGAACUCGUCCACAUAUCCGAAACUGCCACAGACAAGGUACCAAACACUUCCCCCACAGCGGCCAGUAUGACAUCAGAUCUCAACGGCAUGGCAAUUUUGAAUGCAUGCGAAAAGCUCAACAAACGCCUGGCACCCAUUAAGGAGGCCAACCCCAAGGGCACAUGGCAGGAAUGGAUACAAACUGCCUACUUACAAAGCAUUAGCCUCUCAGCUACUGGCUAUUACAAUUUGGAAACCGUCGACUAUCAUCCAGUCGAUAAUCCGACAGCUCAACUAUACAGUUAUUUUACCAAUGGUGUUGGUAUAACUGUUGUAGAAGUUGAUUGUCUGACCGGUGACCAUCAGGUCUUGAGUACCGACAUUGUUAUGGACAUUGGUUCUAGCUUAAAUCCAGCCAUUGAUAUUGGACAAAUUGAAGGUGCAUUUAUGCAGGGCUAUGGUCUCUUCACGAUGGAAGAAUUGAUUUACUCACCCACGGGUACUUUGUACUCUCGCGGACCGGGUAUGUACAAGAUUCCCGGUUUUGCCGAUAUUCCUGGAGAAUUUAAUGUAACCCUUUUGACUGGUGCACCAAAUCCAAGAGCUGUUUACUCAUCGAAGGCUGUUGGAGAACCACCACUAUUUAUUGGCAGUUCAGCAUUCUUUGCCAUAAAGGAUGCCAUCGGAAACGCCCGUGAAGCAAAUGGCCUUAGCAGAGAUGUUAAACUGGAAUCGCCUGCGACUGCUGCACGCAUUCGAAUGGCUUGUCAGGAUAACCUCACCAAAUUGAUUGAUAUACCUGCUGCCAAUACAUACACUCCCUGGAAUAUUAUGCCAUAAACAUACUUUCAAUUCCAACAAAUAAAGACAGCUUUAUACAAUUUAAACUGGCACAGCCACAAUUUCCAUAUAUAGAACAUUUUGUAAUUUUAGGAACCAAUAAAGAUAUGUAAAUACUAAACAGUUAA